AUGUCAUAAGUCCACGGGAGUUCAAUAUUGAACAAAGAAAAUCCUAACAAAGCUCCUGAUCAUUUAGGAUCCAAUGCCUUGACAGAUUUGCUAUCAUCUACAUUUUACACUGUGAUUGGCUAUGUUUGCUUAGAUAUUGUAUUUGGAAUCAGUUUACAUUUUAUUGCCUAACAUAAUGAUCCAAAUGCAGUUGCAGGUUUAGGAUUAGCCUUUACAACAGUGAAUGUGUUGCUAAUUCCUAUGGCUUUAGGUAAUUAUUAAUAGUGAAAAUAAAAGGAACAAAUUAAUCUUUGAAUGUUCAUUCAGCUUAAGCUUUGGGGGCUAAAAAGCCUAAGUUAGCUCAAAGUUAUUUUACAUUAACUAUAUUUAUUCAUUUAAUGUACUUUAUACCAUUUUCAAGUACUUGAAUUUAGUUAAUUAAAUAGUUAUCUUGAUUUUGAUUAAACCAUUAAUUGCUAAGACCAUUAAUGAAGAUGAUAGAGAUGCAACAUCAGAUUCAUCCUAGAUUUACUUAUAUUAUUUAUUACCAUCAACUUUAUUCGCCAUCUUAUAUGAAUGCAUGAAAAGCUUUAUGAUAGCAAAUAAAGUAAAAUUAUCAAUUAAAAAUCUAGGUCUUUGCAGUCUUUAUGUUUAUACAAUUAGGUACAGCUAUUCUUCACAUAUUAUGGUGCUACUUAUUUAUAGAUUAUUUAAAUAUAGGAGGAGGUGUUGCAGGAGCAGGAUUAGCUAUUAUAUGUACAGAAGUUUUGAAUUGUGUAUUUUGUUUAAUAGUGAUUUGUGCAACUAAAUAUAAAAAGUAAGUCUUUAGUGAUUAUAAAUUUAAAUUUCCUUUAAGAAAAAAGGAAAAGAAACUAUUUGCAAGUUUUCUUAGAGGAUCAAUACCAAUUAUAGGACAUAUAUAUGCAGAUUAUUUUGUUUUCUUUUUAUUGAACUUUAUUGCAGUAGGAUUUGGUUCUGAUCAAUUGAAUGCUUAAUUGGCUUUAUCUAACACCUCAAAUUUUUAUUAUAAAUUUCCCAUCUCUCUAUCAUUAGCAUUGAUGACAUUUGUUGGUAAUGAAAUGGGUGCUAAGAAUAUAAAGAGAGCUAAAAGAUAUUCAUGGGUAGGACUCCUAUUAUAUAUUGGAUUUACUAUAAUAUUCUUAAGUGCAUUAACAGUUUUCAAAUAAAACUGGGCAGAAUUCUAUUCAGGUGGUAGAUAAGAAAUUACAGAUCUAAUUUUAGAAGUAUAUCCAAUUUUUGUAUUUGGAUUUUUUGUUAUUGAUGGAUUAUAAGGAACAUUGACUGGUAUUUUGAAAGGAAUAGAUAGAAAAGAUUUUGUUACCUAUUCUACAUUAUUUGUUUACUAUUUAAUUGGUAUACCUUUAGUUGUGUAUUUUGCUUAUGAUUUGGGAUUAGGUUAAAAAGUAUAUGGAAUAUGGUUUGCUUUUGGUAUUGUCAAUGCAAUUCUAGCUAUCUUAUAUCUAAUUUUAACAUUUACAACAAAUUGGUCAAAUAUGAGUAAAUAAAUCUGUUAGAGAAUUGAAGAUCAACAUAAAAUGUAAAAUCUGAAUGAUUCUCUAAAUAAAGACUUUGAGGAAGACCCAGAAAACUUGAAGAAAAAGAGAAAAGUUAAAUCAUCUAAAGUUUAAGUAUUAUGAUAUUAUUAUCAAUUAAGUAAUCCAAAAAAAAGAAAGAUGAAAAUCAAGUUGAUUCUGUUGAAAAGAAACCAAAAAAAGAAAGAAAACAAAGAAGACCUGCCGAUGAUGAAUAAUAAUAUAGUUUAUAAGCAACUGAGCCAACAAAAAUCACAAAAUAAGAGGUCGAUACAGUGCCAAUAAUGUCUUGA